AUGCUACUUCGAAGAGAGCCAAUCAAAAAUUGUAUGUAUAAAAAUCCAUUUCUUCCAACAAAGGCGAUGUUUAUACUAACAAAGGGAAUCUGUUUAAAUAGUUGCCUACCAUGCGCUGCAUAUGUUACCUUUCGAGAUAUUGGUAAAAAUAUUUCCCUUAAAGUGGAUAAUUACAUGAAUGGCGUAGCCGAAAAUACUUCUAAUGAUCCCUCCAACGAACCAAACAACACAAUUUCUAUAAAUUCGCAAAUUGUACCCCCUAUACAACCAUCACAUUCACAAAUACUGAUACCCGGAUCAAGGACAUACAAUGAAGAUAAUCCACCAGAUGUCCAAAAGCUAGGUUCAUCAUCGUGGACACUAUUACACGCAGUUACAGCCAAGUAUCCUACAAAACCCACAGAUUUUGAAAAAUUGCAGAUGCAAAAGUUUCUAAUGCUAUUUUCACAUGUGUACCCAUGCAAUUGGUGUGCUAAGGAUUUUGAGAAGUUUAUUGAGGCGAAUUCACCAAGAGUAGAAUCAAGAGAUGAACUAGGCCGUUGGAUGUGUGAAGCUCAUAAUCAUGUAAAUAAUAAGCUAGGAAAGCCUAAGUUUGACUGUAAUUUUUGGGAAAAGAGAUGGAAGGAUGGUUGGGAUGAAUGA